UUAGCCUAAAAGACGAAAUUUCCCAGGCCCACCUCCAGAGCCCUCCCUGCUAAUUCUGCCUGAUGUCUAAUCUCCGUGAAUGGACGGAGGGACUAGUCCCAGCUUGGAGACCCCAGCUCUGCUCGUGAGGGACAAAGAGCCCCCAAUACCAAAGGUGAUGGAGACGGCAAGUUCCUCUGACUCCUGGCUCUCCAGUUGCCUUUUCACACUGGUCUGCCUCCAGCUGCCCGUGCACGUGUCAGGGGACCGCAGCAAGCUCCACCUUGCCCCGCUAGGGAGCACAGCGAGGCUGCUCUGCCCUUUAUCCUUGUGGUCGGUCGCGAUGCUCAAGGAGGUGCGGUGGCUGCGGUCCCCGCUCCGGGGACGCUCCCAGGUGGUUCACGUGUUCCGGGAUGGGAAAGACCUUGAGGAACAAGUGAUGCCGGAAUAUAAGGGAAGGACGGCGCUGUUGAGAAACAACCAAGAGGACAGUGUCACACUGGAGAUCCGUGACGUCAGGCUGGAGGACCAAGGGCAAUACCAAUGUCAGGUCCAAAUUGGAAACCUGAGUCGAGUGGGCACCGUGAACCUACAGGUUGCAGUUCUAGGCUCUGAGCCUUACAUCCACGUGAAGGGUUACAAGGCUGGAUGGAUCCAGCUGCUGUGCAGUUCGGUGGGAUGGUUCCCAAAGCCUUGGGCCCAGUGGAGAGACCCUCAAGGCAGGGUGCUUCCAUCCGAGCUGGAGACCUCUUCCCCAGACGACGCUGGGCUCUUCCAAACAGUGGUGUCCAGCAGGGUCAGGGACAGCGCUGUGGGCAACGUGUCCUGCACCAUCCGCAACAUGGACCUUGGCCAAGAGAAGACCACAGCCAUGUUCAUAGCAGCCCCAUCUCCAGAGAGGGUCUCCUCCUCAGUAGUGGUUCUGGCUGUGAGCCUGUCGGUCCUGGGGCUUCUCUUUGUGAUGAGCACUUGCCUCAACUGGAAGCAAAGAAAAUCAAAAGAGAAGCUUCUCUAUGAACAAGUGAUGGAGGUAGAAAAUCUUCUCUCAGACCAUGCAAAAGAAAAAGGAAGGCUCCAUAAAGCCCUCAAGAAACUCCGGAGCGAACUGAAGUUGAAAAGAGCUGCAGCUAACUCAGGCUGGAGAAGGGCCCGGCUACACUUUGUGGCGGUGACCCUAGACCCUGACACAGCGCAUCCCAAACUCUUCCUGUCUGAGGACCGCAGACGCGUGAAGCUUGGAGACAGAAGGCAGCCUGUGCCCGACAAUCCCCAGAGAUUUGAUUUCGUCGUCAGCGUCCUGGGCUCCGAGUACUUCAUGGAUGGUUGUCACUAUUGGGAGGUGUACGUGGGAAACAAGACCAAAUGGAUUCUGGGGGUGUGUAGUGAGUCAGUGAGCAGGAAGGGGAAGGUCACCGCCUCGCCCGCCAACGGACACUGGCUUGUGCGACAGAGUCGCGGGAAUCAGUACGAAGCUCUGACGUCUCCGCAGAUCUCCUUCCGCCUGAAAGAGCCUCCGCGUUGUGUGGGGAUUUUCCUGGACUACGAAGCAGGCAUCAUCUCUUUCUAUAAUGUGACCGACCAAUCCCACAUCUUUACUUUCACCCACACGUUCUCCGGCCCCCUUCGCCCUUUCUUUGAACCUUGCCUUCAUGAUGGAGGGAAAAACACGGCACCUUUAAUCAUCUGUUCAGAGCUCCAGAAACCGGAGGAAUCAACUGUCCCCAAGCUAGAAGAAAAAAGCCAUGCUAAUGGAGAUAUGGCCCUGAAGGUGGACUCUUCCUUACUGUUCCUUCCGGAGCUCAAGGACAUGACGCUGCCUUGGCCUUCUGACCUUCGCCCAGCCCUCCAGGGGCGCGAGUUUCCUUCUUUUUAGGGAGGAGGUGCCUCAUGACUUGCUCCCCUGGCCCUCUAGCCCUGUGUUCUGGAUUUCAGUCUCCUGGGCCAACACUAGGUUCUGGGACGUCUCAUCUCUUUUCCCCAAAUCCAUACCCUUUUGUGGUUUCUAUUCCUACCACCUUUCUCCCAGGGCCCUGUUCUAAAUCCUAUCUCCUCCUGGGGACUUGAAGUUCCCAUUGCCCUGGAAGAAUUCUUGAAAACCAAAUGAACAGUCAGAUUGGGUUUAGGUGGUGAUGUUGAAUGUGUGUCCCUGAGGUCCAAGGGCUCUCCAAUCAAGGGGCUAUUUAGAAGGACUUCAUCCUGCGCUCCGGCUUUUAGUCACGAAAUUAUGGGGCCUGGUGCCUGACUCCUUACUUAUCAAGAAUUGCUUUUCUCCUUUUUUUAGUUCAGGCCUCUAGCCCCCAAAGCCAGUUUUUUAAAAGUAAACAUGUUUUGGAUCAUGCAAUGUUCCUUCUUCCUUCUGGAAUAUGAGGUGGGGUGGGCCAGAGGGGUAAAACACGCCAUCCUUGUCUAUUUCCUUGAUGCUGUUUACAACAUGUUAACUUGUUAGCUUGGUGACAUCCAGAGCUAAUGUACAUGUUUUCAAAGCUAAUUAACCUGUUGAUAACCAGGUACAGGGACUUUAAACAUGGUAGCCGUAACCCUGAAAAGCCUCAGAGGCACAAUCAGGGAGCUAGGAAGCACAGCUUCAAACACAGCAUCCCAGCUGCGUGUGGCCUUGAAAAGACAGCCACGGGUGAGUCAGUCUAUUGCAUUGGCCCUUUGAAUACUCUCCUGGGAUUCAGAGAGGCCUAGAUAGAAAAGCAGCAGUUUUAACCACCAGUGUGGAUUGUUUUUUUCCACAAGACAUUAUACUGGAAGACGACUUUUUGUGUAGCAAACAGACUCUUGGAUCAGACAGUAUUGCUUUUAAAUAAGAAAUUGAUAGACCAGGUGUGAAGAUAAAAUAAUGAGCCUAGUUUUUUUGGGUUUUUUUUA